CCGCGUUAAAGAAGAAGCCACAUAUAACGUGGACCAAUGAGACUGCAGUGGAAAGUGAUAGAAGCCUUCAGAUGUAUGCGGGAACUGUCGCUGUGUUUGUGUGAAGUCACGAGAGAUAAACACUGUACUUCUAUCUGCUUCUCACCUUUUACCUUCACUGAAGCAGUCAUCAUGAGGCUGAUAUCCAGCAGUGCAAGAGGACCUUCAUCCAGCUGUUUAACCCUGACUUUUCUCAUGCUGCUGCUUUGCUGUCACAUAGCCAGCAUUCUGGGCCACAAGUCUGAAUCUGCCCUAACCGUGGUGGAGAAUACAGAAGGAGGAGAAGGAGCAGGUAGCGAUGAAGACGAGGAGGCGACAGUUGAAGAAGAUGAAGGAGAUUUAGAGGUGGUCCAGCCUACUGAGGAGUGGCAAACACUCAAACCAGGCCAGGCGGUGCCAGCAGGUUCCCAUGUGAGGCUGAAUCUCCAGACAGGUCAGAGGGAGGUCAAACUGGGAGAGGAGCAGCUUAAAUACUGGACACAGGAACACAGGGAGAAGAAGGAGACCAAGCCCUCCUUUAGUCCUGAUGAGCUGAAACAGGCCAUGAAGAAGAUCAAGGAGGACCAGAACCCUGCGAGCAAAGAUGCAGACCAGCAGGACUCUGUGUCAUCUAAGUUUCGCCCUCUUGAGGAGUUAAAGAGAGACAUGGCUCAGCUGGACCUGCUGGUUGAGACGGAUGUUCAGGUUAUGAAGCGUCUGCUGGAUCAGUUCAACAGCAGCAACUCGACUAUGCAGCAGCGGCUGAGCAUCCUGCUGGAGCUGGAGUAUCUGGUGCAUCAGGUGGAUAAUGCUCAGACUCUGUGCUCGAUGGGGGGUCUUCAAUUCAUUCUUGAAGGUCUGAACAGCUCUGACUUCAGAUUACAGGAGAGUUCUGCCUUCGUCCUGGGCUCUGCUUUGGCCAGCAACCCAGUGGUCCAGGUGAAGGCUGUGGAGAGCGGCGCUCUUCAGACGCUGUUAACCGUCCUGGCCACCGCACAAGCACACAGUGUCAAAAAGAAGGUUCUGUUUGCGGUAGCGUCCCUCUUGCGUCACUUCCCCUUCGCGCAGCAUCACUUCCUGUCUCACGGCGGGCUGCAGGUGCUGUCGGAGCUGUUCAGGACAGACGGGAGGGGAGCUCUGCGUACACGUAUCGUCACCAUGUUGUAUGACAUGAUCAGUGAGAAGGAGCUGAUCUCUCAGGCAGGUCUGGACCCGGUGCUGGACGCCUCCCAUGAGGAGCGUGUGCGUCAGUACUCCAAGGUGUCUCUGCAGGGGGAGCUGCUGGAGAAGGGCUGGUGCAGUCUGGUGCCUCAGCUGCUGGAGUCCUCUGAGCAUGACUACAGAGAGAAGGCUCUGCGGGCUUUGCUGGCGAUGGCUCCGGUGUGUUUGGAGCAGUACCGCUCAGACAGCUCUCUGCUGGGCUCUCUGGUCUCUCUGAGAGACCAGUACCAGGAAAUGGUCCAAUCAGAAAUGAUUCUGGGAGAGGAGAACGGCUACUUCGCAGAGAUCGUAGAUCUAAUAGAUGCACUGCAAGUCAAAAUGAAUAUCUGAUGUAUCUAAACAACGAGCAGAGUGACAUUUCUAUCAGCAAACGGUGCAAAGAGGAGACAACAGACUAAUAUAUACACUGUGGGGAGGAAACCACCUCCCAGUACAGAACUAACUCCUCAAUGUCAGACUCAGUGCUUCUGUUACAUCCAACUCAAGGAUGAGGGAUGUUACUCUGAGGACAUGAGUGUUGAGGCUUGAUGCUGUCGAUCAGUAUGAACUUCACCAAGCAACAUUUCACUGGUGGUCUCUGAAAGGUUUUGGAGAGGGACGAGAAUUGGAGCAGAUUGAAUCUUUAAAGAGAUAUUUUUACUUUGUGUUGAUUAUUUAAAAUUAAAUUAUUUAAAAUGA